GAAGUUCAGAACUUCAAACUCCAAACCCACUUCAACGCAACUCAACAAAAUAACGUCCUUGGAUUUAAAAUCUCUUUAUCUCCUCUGUUAAACUCAGAAGAGAGAGAGAGAGAGAUGACAGGGUUGGUUAUGAUUUCCAAGGGGCUUGGUUGCAGAGAAGGUGGUGGCAAAGGAGGAAGCAGAGGAGCUGAAGACCAAAACCAGCUCUCUCUCGUUGCGUUUCUCAUAGCUACUAUAAGGAAAUCCAUGGUCACUUGCCGUGUCGAUCGACAGGAAGAUGUCAUCUCCGCUGUUCACAAGAUGGAGAUUGGGCUGCCAACCAAUGUCCGYCACAUCACUCAUGUCACAUUCGACCGAUUUAACGGAUUCCUCGGCCUUCCUGUUGAGUUCGAAGUCGAGAUCCCCGGUCGAGUCCCUAGCGCCAGUGCAAGUGUCUUUGGCGUCUCUGCAGAAUCAAUGCAGUGUUCCUACGACUCUAGGGGGAAUAGUGUCCCUUCUAUUUUAUUGUUAAUGCAAGAAAGGUUGUACUCACAAGGUGGUUUAAAGGCAGAAGGAAUAUUCCGGAUCAACCCUGAGAAUAGUCAGGAGGAGCAUGUUAGGGACCAGCUGAACAGGGGUAUUGUGCCUGAAAACAUUGAUGUCCACUGUUUGGCAGGGUUGAUUAAGGCUUGGUUUCGAGAACUUCCAGCAGGUGUAUUGGAUGAGCUUUCCCCUGAAGAAGUCCUCAACUGCAACACAGAAGAGGAUUGUGUAGAACUUGUGAAGCAGCUCCCACCAACUCAAGCUGCAUUGCUCAACUGGGUCAUUGAUCUUAUGGCUGAUGUUGUUGAGGAAGAAGAAUCCAACAAGAUGAAUGCAAGAAACAUUGCAAUGAUCUUUGCUCCAAAUAUGACUCAGAUGUCUGAUCCAUUGACAGCUUUGAUGCAUGCUGUUCAAGUCAUGAACUUGCUCAAGACCCUGAUUACAAAGACACUAAGGGAACGUGAAGAGACUGCAAAAGGGUAUUCACCCUUUUCAUCUCAUUCAUCAGAUCUACAAACUGAUGAGGACUACGACAGUCAGCAAGAGAUGGACACAAUCUGUGAAUUGAAGGAACCAACUUCGGAUUACGAUGAUCACACCCGUCAUAGUGAUAGCAGAUGUGAUGAUUUUGUACAUGACCAGCUAAAUGAAAUUGAAGAAUGUUUCUUGAGGCAGUUUGAUGAAAAUGAAGAGCUCACAAGUGACGGCACCGAGAAAUCGGCUAGAGAACCUAGGAGGGAGCAUAUCAGUCCAAGCGGCUGCUCUUGCCUCAACACACAAUCUGAUAUUUUGUUUUCUGACAGUAAAAAUGGGAGUUCAGGCUUGAGUACAAGUGAUGCGGAAGACUCAGGAACAAGUGACAUUUCUAUGGGAGAAACAACCAGUGAACAGAUCCCUCCAAAAGCAUGUAAAAACAGUGGAGAUAUAGAUAAGUGGAUGGAGUUUCCACAUGGAUCUUCUUUGCCCUUACUUGUGUCUGGGGAAUCCACUAACUGAAGUUUCAUAUUUGUUGUUGUCCAGCAGGUUUUGAUUUCCUUUCUACAACAAUUGCAACAUCUGCAAUUUUUUGCUGAAUUGGCUUUUACUGGCAAGGUUGGAAGUGCCUUGUUUGUGGUGUGGAUUGUUGUUGUUGUUGUUACUUGUUAGUUGGGGGGGGGGGUACCUUGUGUUCAGGCUCUACGCUGAACUUUGUGCUUGUAUUGUAUGUUUCAAACUUUCAGUGUCAAAGGAUUUGUGAUUUUCUAAGCGUUCAUGAUUUAUUUA